UGGAGCCAACCCUCUGUCUAUAUAGCACACAGACAAACAAAUCAACCCAACCUAUUCCUGACUUCUCAGUCCUCGCUCUUCAUACGUCAAUAAUAACACUUGGAACAAUUCACUGAUUCUCGGCUGCAUUUCAUCACCUUUACACUAACCAUUGUUACAAUCUACCAACAUUAUUACUCGUAUUAUUUCAUAUUUCUGUUAGAUUAGAUCUACAUUUCAGAUUUUCAACCAAAUUUCUUUCUUAAUUCUAUCAAAUUCCCUGCCAAUUUUAUAGAGCAUUUGUUGAACAAACUCUUCAUUAAAAGCGGAAAUUUGUUCAUAAUUUGAAUGUAUUCAACAAUUUUGCGAAACAAAAAAUACGUAAAAUGGGAGGCAUUAAACCUCACAAAUUCAGUAAUGGAGUUUCUGCUCGAUGCGUCACUUUCUUCUGCAUCGCUAGCUUCUUAUGCGGCGUUCUUGUCGUCAACAGGUUCCAGGCUAUUCCUGAAUCAGUAACUGUGGAAAGCAGGUCUUUGCUGCCGAAGCAGAAUGAGAUUCAAAAUCAACCGCUCAUAAACUGUGGGAACAAGGAACAGGAAGCAUCUUUACAAGCCAGGGACAUCUUUUCUCAAGUUUCUCAUACGCACAACGUAAUCAUGAAACUGGACAAAUCCAUGUCCUCUUUAGAGAUGCAGCUGGCUGCAGCAAGAGCUUCCAAAGAUCACGAUGAAGUCUCAACUCCAACUACUACAACAAAAGGAAUUGAGCAACAAAAAGACCGUCCCAAGAUUUUCUUUUUUAUGGGAAUUAUGACUGCAUUUAGCAGCAGAAAACGCAGGAAAUCAAUAAGAGAAACCUGGAUGCCGCAAGGCGAGCAGUUAAAAAAGUUGGAAAAAGAGAAAGGUAUUGUUGUGCGAUUUGUUAUAGGACACAGUUCUAGCCCUGGCGGAGUUCUAGAUCGGGUCCUUGACGCAGAAGAAGCUCAAUAUAAAGAUUUUUUUCGAUUGGACCAUGCAGAGGGAUAUCAUGAAUUGUCUUCAAAAACUAAAAUUUACUUUUCAACAGCUGUUGCAAAGUGGGAUGCUGACUUCUACGUUAAAGUCGAUGAUGAUGUGCAUGUCAAUCUUGGUAUGGUGGUUUCUGCACUGGCACGCCAGAGGUUAAAGUCCCAUGUUUACAUAGGCUGUAUGAAAUCUGGAUUUGUCCUGUCCCAAAAGGGGGUCAAGUACCAUGAACCAGAGUUCUGGAAGUUUGGCGAAGAAGGGAACAAAUAUUUCAGACACGCCUCAGGCCAAAUAUAUGCAAUUUCAAAAGACUUAGCCACCUAUAUUUCAGCUAAUAAGGAUGUACUACACAGAUAUGCCAAUGAGGAUGUGUCCCUUGGUUCUUGGCUGAUCGGUCUUGAUGUCAAUCAUAUUGAUGAUAGAAGCCUCUGCUGUGGAACCCCUCUUGAUUGUGAAUGGAAGGCGCAGGCAGGAAACCCUUGCGCUGCAUCAUUCGACUGGAGAUGCAGUGGCCUAUGUAGAUCAGUUGAGAGAAUGGAGGAAAUUCACCAACGGUGUGGAGAAGGUGAUGGAGCUAUAUGGCAUGCUAGUUUCUGAAGCCGGUGUUCAUACUCUUUUUUGCCGGGGUGGUGGACAGGUUGUGAUGGUUUUCUCCCUGGUUUUUGUCUGCUAAGCAAACUAUCAUCUGCCCAAUUUUUUGUAUGGCCAAUUGGUUGUCUGGUAUUGGCUCAACUGUAUCAUUCAAUUUAUUGGUCUGCUAUCAGUUCUUGUGUCAUAGUCUAACGAAUAUAGAUAGAUCAAUGAAAGAUUUGAGCAAUUGAGCAUUCACAGCCAUCACAGGUCCUGAAUAAGUUUGUACAUUUCAAGUUUGGGAAAAUUGCAGUUAGUGACCUAGCUCUGCGGAAAAAGUCAAAAGUUGCAAAGGAGUACGUAUGCUGGUUAUGUUCUGGC